AUGUCGGUGACCGUCGAGAAGCGCGUCAAGAUCCGGGAUCGUCACGCCGGGCAAUUAAAGGAAUACAAAAAUGAAAAAAGGCUAAGUUGCUUACCAUACCCGGGUACUGGGAGGGGUGCUGAGGAGGAGGAGGGCGGCGACGGGAGGAUGGCCAGGGCGAGGAGGAGGCCAGGGCGAGGAGGAGGGCGGCGACGGGAGGAGGGCGGCGGGGCGAGGAGGAUGGGGACGGGAGGAGGUCAGAGAGGAUGGGGACGGGAGGAGGGCAGGGAGGAUGGGGACGGGAGGAGAGGCGGCGACGAGCGGCAGGUGGCGGCGGCGGGAGGAGAGCGGUGGGGCGAGGAGGAUGGGGACGGGAGGAGGGCGGGCGACGAGCGGCAGAGUGGCGGCAGUGAGGAGGAGGAGCGCGGCGCGAGCGGUAGGUGGCGGCGUCGGCGCCGAGCGGCAGGUGGCGCGGCGUCGAGGCGGGAGGCGGCGGCGGGACUUGGGGAAAAUUCUGAGCGGGAUUGGGGAAAAUUCUGA